UAAUGUAUGGUUAUUGGCUAUUUGGCUUUUUGCCUUAUUGGUUAAUUUCUUAAUUGCAGUGAGUAAGUUCACAGUUUUAUUUUUUGAUUUUUUUCUUAAUAAUUUGAUCCUAAAUUCCACCAUAAAAACAUUGUUGUUGUCUUGAUUGUGGAUUUGUGGCUUAUGAUUUAUGAAUUGUGGAUUUGUGGCUUAUGACUUUAACACUCUCUAGAUAGUUUGUUUAGGCAAUUUAGCAAUAUGCUACUGUUUUUCCACUUUCCAGUGCAUAUGUAAAUAUGUAAUUGUUAAGUAUGCAAGAUUGCAAGUAGCCAAGUAAUGCUAACUAGUUUUGCACUUUUGAUGAUGGGAUUCCUAAAUUUCCUAUUAAUAUUUAGUACUCCAGUAAGUAGUAAGUAGUAAGUAGUAAGUAGUAAGUACUUGAGUAAUAUAAUGAUGGGAUUCCUAUUAUUAUGUAUAAUGUACAGCCCAAUGUUCAUCACUUCAUCCGAUAUUUCAGUUGACCCGUUCUAUUGAAUUUGGAUUCGGUUGAUCACUUGACCCGUUUUGUCAAAUAUAAGUAUUCAUUUUUUAUUUUAGUUCAAAUUAUUUAGCCCACCCGAUUAAUCCGACAACCCGAGGUUUAGGGUUAGGGCUAAUCCGAAUCCGAGAAUAAAAUAAUAAUAAAUUAACGGACAACCCGAAUCCGAUAAGCUUGACAACCCGACAGGGUUAGCCCGAAAUUGACAGGGUUGGCCCGAUUGACAUCCCUACUUCCAGCCAACACGACUAAAUCCCUAAAAUCUGAAGUAAUAAUCAACAGUCAACACGACAACACAGCCAACAGCCCAACACUGCCUCAGUUUCACUCGGCGAUGGCGGCGCUACUCGAACUCGGCGACGGUGACAGUAGGUGCUCCGUCUCCCUUCUCCCUUCUAGGCGAGUCGGCAUCUCCAGUCUCCCUUCUCCUUUUUCCGUUGGGCAGCAGUGCCUACUGCACUAGGUGGCACUGGCGCACCGCGGCAGUAGCUAUAGCUCUAGCAGUCUAGCUCCAGGGGUAUUUGAUACGGCUGAAAUCGAAGUGUCUGCCAGUCAGUCUAGUACUUUGUAGUUCAAAUUGCUAUUCCAGUUUGCAACAGAAUAAUAUUGAAGCCAGUGACAAUUUAGAGGACAUGACUGCAUGAGAAACCCAAUCUCAUUGGCUUCCAUCACUGCAAAUCUUUCCACCAUCAAAACCCAUUUCUACUUUACUACGAAAUUCCACCUUUCAACCUCUAUAGAGAACUGUAUUUCUCAUGGAGAAAAUGUCAAACACCUUGAAGGCACACAACUACUUCAAGAACCUUCAACAUGGGUUCAAAUUCAUUCGCUUUGCAGAACUAAGUCUCUUCAUGCACUCACCAUCAAGGUUGGCUCUACACCAACACAACCCAUUUUCCCUUUCAAUAAUAUACUGUCGAAGUAUGUUCAUUUUGGUAAUGUACAUGUUGCUCGGGAACUGUUUGAGGAAAUGCCUUUUAGAAAUGCUGUGUCUUUCAACACGAUGAUCGCUGCAUAUUGUCGAGAUGGGAAUGUACUAGAGGCUUGGGGACUGUUUUCUGAGAUGAGGAGGUGUGGAUUUAAGCCCACUCAGUUUACUUUCGGGGGACUGUUGUCAAGUGAGUUCUUGGAUCAUUAUCAAGUGGUGCAAUUGCAUGCACUGCUUGAGAAGACAUCAUUGCUUCGCACUGAUGCUACUCUAGGGACUGCACUGUUGGGUAUGCUUGGGAGGUGCGGGUGUUUACACGAGGCCUGCCAGAUUUUUGAUAGCAUGCCUGAAAAGAACUUGGUUACAUGGAAUUCUAUGAUUCUAUUGCUUGGACAACAUGGAUUUGUUGAAACGUCGAUGACUAUGUUUGUUGAAAUACUCAGGAGUGGAAUGGAUUUGUCUGAGUACACAUUUGUGGGCCUUCUAUCUGGUUGCCUCGGGAUACAUGAUAUGGAAUUAGGAGAGCAAGUGCACACAGUUGCAGUGAAGUAUGGAUUGGAUAAUGCAGUUUCUGUUAAGAAUUCUCUGGUUAACAUGUAUGCUAAAUGUUCUGGUGCUCACACUGCAAAUAAAAUGUUUGAGGAAGCGGCAAUUAAGGACAUUGUUUCAUGGAACAUAAUGAUUGGUGCACUGGCAAAGAGUGAUACACCGGACAAAGUGUUGACUGUUUUCUUGGAAAUGUAUGCUAAUGGAUUCUCCCCUAAUGAAAUAACAUUUAUUAGUGCUCUUAACUCCUGCUCUAGGCUGCAGAAUCUGUCAUGUGGAGAAGCUUUGCAUGCACAAAUUAUCAAGAAGAAGCUUGAAAAUGAUGUGUACAUGGGCAGUGCUUUGAUGGAUUUUUAUGUCAAAUUCGAUAAAUUGGAAGAAGCACAUUGCUGUUUUAAUGAAAUGUGUGAAAAGAGUUUAGUUCCUUGGAACACAUUGAUGCUGGGAUACUCAAAUAGAGGCUCUCCUGAAUCCAUUUUGCUGUUGCGAGAGAUGAUCCGCCUGGGUUUUUAUCCGAAUGGCUUUUCAUUUUCUAUUGUUAUCAAAGCGUCAUCAGCAGUAGAAUUACUCCAGCUUCACUCGUGGUUGGUAAAGACGGGUUACCUCAAGCAUUCUUAUGUAUCAAGCUCUCUUAUAAGCAGGUAUGCCAAAAAUGGUUUAAUAUCUGAUGCCUUAUGCUUCACAGAUGUUAAUGACAUGCCACUUGAUGUUGUCUCCACAAAUGUGAUAGCUGGGAUAUACAACAGAAUUGGCGAGUAUGACAAGACUCUGGAGUUGUUUUCCAUACUCGAGGACCCCAACACUAGAUCUUGGAACAUUUUGAUCUUAGCUUGCUCUCGAAACAGUGAUCACAAAGAGGCUUUUGAAAUCUUCGGACACAUGAGGAGAGCUCGAGUCUCUCCCGACAAUUACACGUACGUCAGCCUCCUCAGCAGCUGCAACAGACUCUGCAACCUCGGCCUGGGCAGCUCUCUUCAUGGUCUACUCAUCAAGAACGAUUUCAGCUCCUGCGACACAUUCGUCUGCAACAUCAUGAUUGACAUGUACGCGAAAUGUGGGAGCCUCGAAAGUGCAACAAAGAUAUUUAAUGACACCUCCGAAAGGAAUGUCAUUUCGUGGACAGCUAUGAUUUCAUCCCUUGGCCUACACGGCUAUGCCCAUGAAGCGAUAAGGAAAUUUGAUGAGAUGACAGAGCAGGGCAUUAAGCCUGAUAAGGUGGCAUUCAUGGCAGUCCUCUCAGCUUGCAGACAUGUUGGGUUAGUUGAACAAGGGAUGGCUCUGUUUGGGGAAAUGAAAGGGAAAUAUGGGUUUGAACCAGAGAUGGAUCAUUACUUGAUUGUUGUUGAUUUGUUGUCUAGGUAUGGUCAUCUUGCAGAAGCUGAACAAUUCAUUGGCAGGAUGCCUUUCCCCCCAAAUGCUUCAAUAUGGCGUACUUUUCUUGAUGGCUGCAAAAGGAAAAGAACGUCUUGUAUUGAGUCAUCAUAUUAAAUAAUUUAUUUAUUUUUUUAAUUUACUAGAAUGAAUAUAGAUGGUAGGGGAGAGGAGAGUAAAAGAAAGUGAUAGUAGGAGAGAGGAAAUAGCUUAUGUUGGAGUUCGAUUUUUUUGGCAAGCUAGAGCGUGUCUCACUCACCAUAAGGCACAAUGGGCACAUUUAUGGUGUGUUUGGAAAGCAGGAAAAUGACUUCUAGAAAAUGUUUUCUGGAAAAUGAGUCAUUUUUUAGAAAAUAUGUUCAUUUCUAGUUUUUGGAUAUAGUUUGAAAAACUGUCUGUGUGUUUGGUUAUUUUUUUGGAAAAUGAAUAGAGAAUUGUAUAAUUAUAUA